GGAGAGUUCGUGCGUUUACGCGUUAUUACCGAACCGACUGCUGUGGGGCAUACAAUUUAUUUGUUGUGUUUUGUUUUAGUUUUUUUUGUUCAUCUCUGCCAACUUUACAAAUAAAUGGAAAAAUAGAAUAAAACAACUAUUUCGUUUAAUGGCCUAGGCUAAGUGUGAAUGAGAAAAAGUAAAGGUAAAUUGUUAUUGAUAUCAUCAAAACAACAACCAAGUGAGUGAUUGAAAGAAAAAUCAAAUCAAUUGAAAAACCCUUCACAAAAAAGAAAAAUAUCAUUGAAUUUUCAUUCAUAAUCAAUAAAAAUCAAAAAAAAGUGUCUGUGUGUUUUCCGAAAAAAAAAGAAAUGAAAAAAAUAUAAAUUUCUUUAUAAACCACCAAAUUCAAUCAGUGUUUUAAUAAUUCAACAAAUCUCCAUCAACAACCGCAAUCAACAAUCCAUGGUUAUCAACGAAACCACCAACAGGUUUUACAUCUUGACAUUAAAAAAGAUUUUUUUCGAAUGAUAAACGUCAAAGCAACCCGAACUGCAAAUGAUUGAAGAGAAUCUAAAAACCAUUUAGAUUAAAAAUUCAAAAUCGGAAGAAAACACAACGACAGCAACAACAACGUAGAAAAACACAAGACAUUUACAUAUGUCGUGGGUGAUUAACUGAAAGAGAAACAAAAUUGGAAGCCCUCAACUUGUGUGUGUGUAGAUAGCUAUUUCUGCCCGCAAGCAUCUCCGACGACAUGUCAUUGUAAAAUGUUACCAUUUCCCUUAAAGCUCUAUCGAAAUCCGUACCAAAGUUUGAAACCCAAUUGAGAAGAAAUUUCCAAUAACAAAAAAAAAAAAAAAAAAAAACGAAAGAGAGAGAAAGAUACGAAUUUAUUAAAUUUUAUUUUAAAAUAAUUGAAAACCCAGAGAGAGAAUAUACCCCCAAAAAUUCUCCCUUCACCCCCCCCCCAUAUUGCUAUUGAGCGGCAUUUGAAAUGCCCUUAGAAUGUGAGCGAAGUUCUGCUUCGCCUUCCACAACAGCACCAGCUCUAAGCUCAGCAGCUUUGAUAGCCUCUGAAGCACAACACAGCCAACAGUCGGUCUCACCUUCCAACCAUUUAAAUGAAGAAUUGAACCAUCUACAAGUGACAACAGCAGCAACAACAACAACCACAUCGAUCAUGGACGGUGAAAUGUCAACAUCACAAACUUCAACAACAUCCAACGGCAGCAGCUGUAAUGGUGGCAGCGGUCGCAAGACGUCCAUUACUUCUCCCGAUCCCACAGCCUAUGUGGCCAAGGCCCGUGUCACCAGGCCCACACCACCACCGCCACCCUAUAAUCCAAUGCAAUUUGUACAAAUCAAACCUUGCAAUCUAUAUCAAACAGCACAAGAGCAACUGAAAAAAGCCGAGGAGGUCAAAAAGAUAAAGGAGAUCCGCAAAGAGGAGCCAGAGGAUUGGCAAAAUAACCUGGACAACUGGAAGUCAUCACGUAGAAAACGUGUCGAGCACAUUAUCGAUCGUGUGGUGGAGGUGAAAAAACUCGAAUUGGAGGAGCAUGAUCGUACGCGCAGAAAAUCGAAAACAUUUUCCGAAAUGAUUGAGGACAGAAAUGAUCGUGUUGGCCGUCCUGCGCUGAAAAAAUUGGCCUCAUUGGCGGUCUACACCGAAGAUGAAUCGAAUGAUUUGAGUGAUUUGGGCAUUGGCACCAGCAGUGCCAGCGGCAAAAGUAGUCUAUCCGAAGAUUACGAUAACAAUAGUGUUAUGAGCGACAACGCCGCUGAGCUAGACAAAGCCAUAACGAAUUCUCAAAAUAAUCAUCAUCAGCAUCACAACAAUAACAACAACAGCAAAGCCAACAACCAUCAUCAUCCGCACCAAUCGACGGAUAACACACACAGCACAACACGUGAAUAUAUUUCAUCGCCCGGCUACGAGACCUCCUCGAGUACAGCCCCAGCAAGUACCCCCGAUCCAUGUGAAUAUACCUACGAGGGUGCCAUACAAGACUACAAGCAGAGGGUAUCGCGGGCUGUGGCAGCCACCACAACUGUUGGCAAGAACUCAACUAAUUUACCGCAGCAACCAUCCAAGGAAUCCACCCCGGAACGCAACUCCGCCUAUCCCCCUCGGCGUGGAAGUAAAAUUGAAGAUCGCCUCAUUGGCUUUGAGGUCCAAUCGCCCAGCGAAGAGUGCAUUGUUGGCGAAAAAGCCAAGGUUGAUUUGCCAAAAAUUGACAUUUCUAAGCGGAAGGAAAUUUUCGAGGUCCAGGCUUCGGCUGAGAGCAAGGUAAGCAGCUCAGCAUCUGGAGUGCCACGUGUCACUUUGCGGGAUCGUUUCAAACCCUCUGUGGAAUCGGCAGCGGAAAAUAUUGAAGUUGCCGGUGCCGCCAAAAAGGAGGUCAGACGUCUGUCCGGCGACAUAACCAGCAUCAAGGAACGUCUGCAAAGUUUGGAACAGCAAAAACAGAAUUUAGUCAAUGGUGCAACGGCUGGUGGCGCCCAAACUAAAGUGACUGCCAACAAACUGGUCGAUGUGCCGGUGCCACCGCUAAAGGAACGCUUAUCUAGUUUACAAAACGCUGUUACCAAAGAAGAGGUACGCAAGCCCCCUGUGGCCUUGGUAGAUGCCCGCCAGCUGGAGAUUAUGAAAAGUGAGGAGGAGAAGGUGAAACAGCAGCAACAGAUUCAGAAACAAACGCCAGCUGAGGUAAUCCCCGAAGUCAAGGAAGAAGACACCGGGGUCAAGUCUAGUAGCCAAAUAAACGAAAUUUCUACAACAACCACAACAACAACCCUCACCUCCAUUGAGACAAUAAAUAGCAACAAAAACGAAACCACCAUCACCACCACCACAACAAGCGAGGUAGAUCGAGACGACAGCGGCAUCCAUACCGCCGACGAUAUAGAGGUACCCGACGACCAUCUAAAAAAAGAGCAGGAACUCAAAUUAAACGCCGCCAUUGAAGCCCUGGCCAUGGAGGAGCAACAAUUUGCCAAGGCCGCCAGUGCCGUCAAUCAAAUUGAGGCAGAAUUUGAAGAACUUUCACUGGGUGGUUCUGUGACCCUACCACCCCUGGCCAAUAGUUCUGUGAAUGGCAGUGCCAGCAGUGCCACCACCAAUACCACCACCAGCAGCAGCAGCAUUACUAAUGACCAUAUGGAAUAUAGUGUAAGUUCUACUAACCCAUGUACAUCUCCCAAACCUGACAGUAGUAGUCUCAGUAGUAGUUGUAAUAGUCCUUGUAGUUUGGAUAAUUCCGCGGUGAAGGUUGCGGGCGGGUCACCAUGUAAUUUAAGGCGCAAGCCAACCAAUGAAAUGGUCCAUGCCAAAAAUUUGUUGAAAAUAUUCAAGGACACCUUUAAGAGUGACAUUGAAUUGGAUGAAGAUGAGCCCGGUCGGCAUGAGCCGGAGACGAAGGAUAUACCCGGUAAAAAUCUAAAACAGGAAGCAAUCAAGUCUCAGGUCUUUGAAAACCAAAAAAUGACCGCCAGUCAAGUUGUGAAUGAGGCCACAGAAGUGAAUUCGAAAUUACCUCCCUCGGGUCCAGGGGCCACAAGGAAGAAUAUUCAGACUCCUUUGAGUCCCGUACUUUCUAGGGGUGCCAUCAUUUCACCUCCCAGCUCUCCUGGAGGCCAAGAUUUCAAAAAUAACUCCCAUGGAACCCCCUCGUCGCCUUCUUCUGCCGCUGGAAGGGUAUUUAAAACACCUCUCAGUCCCAUACUCUCUCGGGGUCCCUUGAAGGGCCCUCAGGGCAAUAAAACUCCCCUUAGUCCCAUACUCUCUCGAGGUCCCUUGGAAGCCUCCCAGGGUAAUAAAACCCCUCUCAGUCCCAUUCUCUCUCGAGUUGCCCGUGAAGGGCAACGUGAGGCCACCAAAAGUCCCAUUCUUUCCUCCCGUCCCCAAACUCCCAUGUCCCCACUCACGGUGCGCUCCACCACCAAAUUCCAUGAUCCCGAUACCCCUCCCCAGAGCCCAUCCGCCUCGCGCAAACACGACUCUCAGUUUAGCAUUAAUGGGCGGGUGGAAAUUUUCAAUUCUAAGCAAAUGACCCAUGACAACAUUGUUCCUGCCGCAAAACUCAACGCUCCCCACUCACCUCAGAUUACAACAAAAAUAACCUAUUUGCCCCACAUUAGCGUUAGCGAGAAAAACGCUGCCUCAAAUAUUGAAUUACCUCAGGGUAAUGGAGUAAUGAAGUCGCCCAUAACCACAGAAAAUUCUGCCCAGAGCGAUGGAGUAACAAAGUCGGCAGUGACCACAGAAACUACUCCUCAUGUGGUCCCCUCCACCUCCGAUGAUGCCUAUGAGGAUGAAGUGGUGGCCUUGUCUAUGGCAGAGAAAAAAUCUCUCUUUGAAAUGAAAUCAAAGGGUCAAAUGGUUAAUGAACCUCAGCAUAACAAAGCAGGGCAUCCAGGAGUGGCAGGUGGAGGAGGAGGAGGUGCGGGAGGUGGUGUCAAGGCCUUGGCCAAGAGCAUAGAAGGCAAUGCCACCGCAACAAUACCCCUACCCAAGCCUCUGACACCGGCCAGCAAACCCAUGAAGCAGCAACCCGCCGCUACAGCUGCUGGUACAGCUCAUGAACAACAGCCCGCCUCAGAAGUGGUUGUUUGUGCCCCACCAAUCACAAUUGUCAAUCCAGAUGAAUUACCGAAACCCAAUACGGUGAAAACGCUUUCCAGUUGCUUUCAGCCAGGCCAGAGCUCUUCAUGUGGUGGAGGCAAUGCCAAGCCGCAGGCAUUGGGAAAUUCACGCACAACAACAGUUAUCUAUGGCGAACAAAAAUCGAUUUCCCCCUCCUCUCCCCUCUUGGGCAAAGAUGAUCCUCUGGCCUCCAUGAUUUCCUCAUCCACAUCGACGUCGUCGAACACCACCGUUUGCACCGUUAUAGAAGCCAAUAAAACAUUGUCGGUCAUGUCGAAUUCCUCAAGCGAUUCAAUGGCAGUUACUCCCACGAUGGUGGAGACAAGUGCCCAGAUCCAUGGAGAGAGGGAGCAGAGAAAAUCCGCUGAGCAACAAAAUUUGGAAAAGGGAAUAUCCCAGGAGAAGAUUUUCUCCACAGGAGCCAAGGAAGCAGGAUCCAAGGAUGGGAUUUUCUCUUUCGAAUCUAAGGAUAAGAAAAAGGACAAUAAGGUAGAGAUUUCCUCUUUGGGAACCAAGGAAAUCGGGGACAAAAUCUCCUCCCCAGAAAGCAAAGCAACCAAAAAGGACGAACAGCAAAUAAUGACCCCACCAGGGACUGAGGAGAACAAAAAGGAGGCCAAAUCAGGAUUUUUCUCUGCGGGAAUUAAAGAAGUCAAGGACAAGAUCCCCUUCCUAGGAAGCAAGGAAACCAAAAAGGAUGACAAGGAAAAUGCAUCCUCUUCGGGAGAUAAGGAUAUCAAAAAGGAUGACAAGAAGCAGGCAGGUAUCACACCUCAGGAGGCAGAAGAGAAUUUGGCCCUCAGGGCUCUUCUAAAGGAUUUCCUGGAGACUGAAAUCCAAUUUUCCGAGACCUGUGAAAUCAAGCCCCUUGGGAACCGGGCUAUGAGCAAACCCCUCGACAUUGAUGAGGUGGACAAAGCCACCACAUUCUCCAGCCAAAAGGCAAAGGAAAUACCAAAAAUUGAACAAAAAACUAAAGAAUCCCACACUCCCAUCCCUGAUGAGGUCAAUAAAUCCAACACAUUUGCCAAUGAAAAGGUACAGCACAAAGAAAUAACAAAGCUCGGAACCAAGGGAUCCCAUACUCCCAUCCCUGAUGAAAAUGGAAAAACUUCGGCAAAUCAAACAAAUUUAGCCAAAUCCCAAGAAUCCCAUACUCCCGUCCCUGAAAAAUCCAUCGGAUCUCCCACUCAAAAUGGCAAGCUAAAGAACACCCAGAAAAUUGAAAAUCAAUCCCAUGAGUCGUCUACUCCCAUCCCUGAAACCCCAGAAAUGUUGGCCCUCAAGGAAUCCAUGAAAGAUUUUCUCAAUACUGAAAUUGAAUAUUCCGAGGUAGUGGAAUCCAAAUCUCCCCACAUGCCCUUUGAGAGUCCUUUACAGCCGCUCAAGGUUGUGCUCAAAGAUACCGGGGAGGUUAGGGGCAAAGUAGAGCUAUCAAGUCCCUCCUUGGAGCAAAAUAAAAAAUCUCCUCUCACCAUUGAUUUAAGUCAUGAGGAUCAUCAAAAUCUCAUUAGCUCUGGACCCUCCACUCCUCUCUCACCCACAUCGCAGCUGUUUCGCACCACCAAGCCAUUGGUGGUCUCAACACUCUAUGACAAAUAUUUGCCGGAAGGGCCAAAAUCUCCUAGUCAUACAAAUUUCUCGGAGGGGCCAAAAUCUCCCACCCCUGAAUAUUUGGUGGAGGAACCCAAAACUCCCACUUAUCCCCUCUCAAACAAGUCCUCCAACUCAGCUCAAGCUCCUCCCAGUCCCCUCUCGAAUAUGAGACCAACCUCUCCCACCACCAAGAAACCGUCCGAGAAGGGACCUACAAUUGCUCCCAGCAUAAUGAUCCCUGCAGAGCUGCCCAAUCUGGUUGAGUGUCCACCCAAUGACUCCACCCUCUAUAAGUUGGCCUCUUCGGCUCCCCACAGUCCGGUCAGCCCCAGAUCGGCAUCCUCUUUCGACAUGGAUUCCGCUCUCUGUUCAAAUCUUCUCACCUCCAUGGCAGCCACGGCAGAUUUUGUAAACUUUGAAAGGCAACACACCGUUGAAGAAGAUCUCUGCCAGAAGGUGGAUGUUGAAGCCUUACCCAUAGACAAGAAAACUCCAUGUACCGGAUUUAAGGACAUCACCAAUAAGGAUUUGAAAAAAUCCCAAAAUGUUGGACCCAAGAUUAUCCACAAAAUGCAUGAUGCCCCGGCGGCACCCACUGCCGUGGAUGAGACAUGUUUAAAGUUGGAUGUCCAUUCGCUGCCGUAUGACAAACGUCAACCCAUUACCGCCUAUCAGGCUGUCUCACCCACAGAAUUGAAGAAACGUGAUAAUCUCUUUAGUUCCCCACCCCAUUCACCCAUUAUGGAGGCCAGAGCGGCUCAUUCCAAGGCCCUCAUAGAGACUUGUGAGAAAAUCAUUGCCGAAGAGAAACAGGUGAAUCAACAGCUCAAAUCGUCAUUACCCAACACGCCCAGUUCACCCAAAGCCACACCUGUUCUGCAGAGGAAGUCGAAAAUUCCCAAGCCUCUGAAUACCUGUUGUACGGCCACCGAGUCCAUGAAUGAGGCGGAUUUGAAGAAUAAAACCCCUGCGAACAAAGAUGAGGCUGUCAUAGCUCGCAUGCAUGUGGUGGAGACCCAGAUCAAGGUUACCACCAGCACUCCACCAGCCUCGCCAAAAACUCCUGCAUCUACUACAACGUCCACCACCACCACUACUCCCUCACCCAAACCCCAGGCCUCGCCCACCGUGGGCAAGAAGGCGAAAAAUAUUUUCGAUUUCAUAAAGAAAAAUUUCGGCGUGGGUGGUGCAAAUAAGGACUCCGAAGAAGAACCCAUUGCCAAAGAGGAAAAAGUAACUCCAAAGAGUACAGAGACAUAUAAACCCCUUGAAAGCCCUGAGGAACCAGUCGCUCCACCAAGUCAACCCUUGGUCCUUACCGAAUCUGAAUUGCAGGCUUUGGACACUGUAAAAUACAAUGAAAUUCAUAAUAUUGAAAAUUCCAAGUUCUAUCUACCCUCCGAUGAUGUGGCACCCCCACCUUUACCCAAAACCCCCGCUCCAGUCAACAUUGAAAUAACUCGGAAAAUCAUAACCGAUGAAAUCAUGGAAGAUGGCAAGACAGAGGUGGAGUUUAGCAGUGAAAUUGAUGCUCUGCUCGAUGUGGAGCUGAAUAAGUUGAAUCAUGAAAUUGAGGAGCUGGAUAAAGUGGCCGCCAGUGGCGUGAAGCAGUAGGGUAAAAAGGGGGAGGAACUAAUGAAAUGAGUGAUAUUAUUUUAAUGAGAGUAUGCGAACGGAAAAUAAGAGAGAGAAACGGGGAGUAAAUGGGGGAUUUGUUUUUAUUUUGUUAUUGUCAUUAGAGAGAGAGAAAAAAUAGGGAAAAAAAGAGAGAGAGCUUGGAAAAUAAUUUCGAGAACAAAAUGGCUACUUUGUCGCACGAAAGAGGAAGAAAAUACUUUUUCCAAAAAAAAAAAAAAACGGUUUGAAUAGCAUCAAAAAAAUAGAAAGAAAGAGAGAGAUAGAGAAGGAAAGAUAAAGGAACAAAGAAGUGAAGAAUAUCAAUCCAGAGAGAAAUUUAAGCAGAUAUUUAGCAUCCAUAUUUUGAAUCUUGACAAAAAAUACUCGUUGAGGAAAUGAGGGGGAGAGAAUUUGGGAGGGGAAGAGAAAGCUUAAAAAUAAUAUAUAUUAGAACAUUGAGAGCAAGUUGCCAAAAGUAAUUUUUAGAGAAACUCCGAGAGAAGGACGAAGAGGGCGACAAACAUGAAUCAUAGGAGAGAAAGGUAUCUCUUACGAUAUCAUCAAUUUGUUUUAUGAUAAAUGAUUUGGAAAUAAAUUAAAGUAAUAUAUUUUAAAUUAGGAGGGAGAGAGGACAUUAGGAGGCACAGAAAGAAAGUGUGUCGUAUGUCGAAUGCUAAAAUAUUUGGGAGAGAGCAGAAAUGAUGUUGACCAUAACUCCCCUCUCUCUCUCUCUCUUGCUCUUUCUUCUUACCCAUAAACUCACUUCUCAGAAUGAAAUUGAAGUUUUCACAAAUCACUGAUUUCUGUCAAUGCCAGGGAUGGACAUACUAAAUAAGCUUAAAAAUUUUAAGAAACCAAAAAAUAUCUUCAAAGAAUUUUUUUUCGUACAAUUUUUCAUCUCUUAUUAUAUAUAGAUCAAAUUAUUUUAUAUAAGUCUCCGCAUAUCUCUCAUGGUAUCUUUUAACAUGUUUUCCUUAAAAAUUUUGUUCAAUUCAUUUUUUCCUCCCUUUAAGCAUUUUUUUUUUCCAUCCCUGACUUUUAGGCAAUUUUUAUUUAUCUUGUUUCUUUUCUAAGAAAAAGGAAUAUUUUAUUAUUUUUCCAAUUCAAACAUCCCAUUACUGGUCAUUUUUUUUUUUUUUUUGUAGUUGUUUGUAAAAAAAAUAUCUCAAAGAAAUUUUUUCGUACAAUUUUCCAUCUUUAUUUUUUUAUUCUUUUUUUAUUUUCUAAGUAAAAGGAAUAUUUUUAAAACCUAAUGUAAAUUUCCCCCUUUAACUGAGUAAUUAUUUUUCCAAUUCAAACUUCGCAUUCCUGGUAAUUUUUGGGGAGUAAUUUAUUUUGGAGAAGACUCACUCUCUCUCUCACUCUCUCUCUCUCUGGUGAGAUCAUAGAAAGAUAAGUGGAAUAUAUUGUUAUUUUUGUAUCUGGUUCAAGGAAUCAAACUCUUCUUCGUUCUGCUGACUCUCUCUCUCUCUCUUUCCGUUUCAUUAGUGAUUUUCAUAAUUUCUUUAAAUAGACGAUUUCUGGAUAAAAGUUUUAUUUAAAAAGUUAGGUAUUGAAUUGAUUGUCUACUCAAGAGAACAUGUUCUCUCUCUCUAGUGAGAUCAUUGAAAUAUAGGUACAACAUGUUGUUAUUUUUGUAUCUGGUUCAAGGAAACAAACUCUGCAUCUAUUAAUAUGUCUCCCGAUUAAUAUUUUGGAUGUCACACUCACCCUUGCUCUCUCUCUCUCCAUUUAUUGAAUGAUUUUUACAACUUCCUAAAAUAGGUAAUUUAUGGAUAGUAUUUUUUAAUUAUUUAUUUAUUUUUUAUUAAAAUAGUUAGGGAUUUAAAAGAUUGAUUUCUCAAGAGAAAAUGCUUUCCCUCCCUCUCUUUCUCUCUCUAUAUCAAAUUUACAAUUCUCUUUAUUUGAAAAAAGUUCCUUUCUUUCAAAAAUAAUUUACUUGACUUGCUUGCUGUCCGUUUUGGUUUUCAAAGAAACAAAAAAAAUGCAGAAUGCCUGGUAUCUUGUACUCCUUAUCGUUGCAAAAAAAAAAAAAAACAAAAAUAAAUUAAAAUAAAAUAAAAUAAUUGCAUAAUAAUUAAACCUGAGGUCCGCUUCAAAAUUUACAUUAAAAAAACAACAACCCAAGAAACGGCGAAAUAAAAUUUGCAUUGAAAAAAUCAAUUUUAAGCGUGUGCGGCGGUGAUUGACGCUGGACAGAAAGGUGGGGCAGCUACUUUGGUCUGUCUGCAAAGACUGCAGACGUUCGUUCGUGUGUGUGUGGACAACCCUUUGUUUUCUAAGCUUUCUUUUUUUCUGGUCUUUUUGUUGUUGUUCUUGGUUCUGUGGUGAGUUACAACAAUAAUUGCAUUUAUGCAAAACCCACACCGAUUUGUUCUUACAAUGAAUAUUUAAAUAAAAAAUCGCCACAUUUAUAAUAAA